UGAUGCCAGCGGUACAGCCGCUUAGUGAGCAGGUGUGAGACUGACUCACUUCACCCGAUGGAGGAUGACAGACCUGUCCUGACACACAUCUACCCACCGACAGUGAAAGGAGUCCGCACUCGCUCGUUGCAGGAGACGAGCCUCAUCUCGACCGCUGCUCAGCUUCGUUUCAGCCGCUCAGCAGAUUAAAGACCAUGCUGGUCCUGAAGAAGCUGCCUGUUACCGUGACCCUCUGCCUCCUGCUCCUCGCGGCACUGCUGCCCAGCUGCGAGGCCCGCGGUGGACGUGGAGGUGGGGUCUUCAGAGGUGGGGGAGGCAGCCGGGGCGGUGGAUACAACCGGGGCUGGGGAGGUGGCGGCGGCCAGGCCUACAGACCUCCACCCGUCCAGAGCAGUGGCCCCAGUGCAGGAAAGGUAGCCGGCGCCGCUGCAGCGGGCGCUAUAGGAGGAGCGAUGCUGGGCUCUGCCCUGAGCCGCCCCGGCUACGGCUAUGGCUAUGGAGGGUACGGUGGAUAUGGGGGGUACGGUGGAUAUGGAGGGGGCUAUGGCUACCCAGGCCACGUAGGGGGUGUUGCAUAUCGCCCCCGGCCCAACUAUGAGCCAGAGGGCUCUGGAGAUAUGGAGUACUACACUGGAGCCUCCAGCGGCCCCAUCUACAACAGCAUCAUUGUUGUCAUCGGCUCCCUCGUGUCCCUGGUGAUGGGCCACUGGGUGGUAGCCAUGUAAAGCAGGCAACAGCUGGGACGGGCGACCUAAACCACAACCUGACAACCACCCGGAGCCACGCUGGGCGACAAGCCAAUGACUUUGUGCUCAAGAACACUCUUUUUAAAAAUGUGUAAAAUAUUAUAGUGGAAGGAUGUUAAUCAACAGUUUCCAUUAAUAAUCACCUGUGACACGACCGCUGGUUAAUCCGCAGACGUGGAGGUUAAAGGCCGGUUGAACCAGUGGUCUGGCAGUCUGAGGGUAGUUAGCCGAUAGGCCAGCCGCUGCUGUACGGUGCUACCGCCAGACGGCUUUACCUAGUAUGACGACUGGAUACGGUCUGACUGUGUCCACAGGAAGCACCCACCAGCACAGGCAGAGCAGGAUAAUUAAGGUUAUUUGUUCUGUCAUAAAAGCACAAGUUACACGUUCUAGUCCCAGUAAAUGUACAUUUCUCCAUAAUGUCUUGAUGAUUUUUGGUGUAAAUAGAACCAAAUACGUUGCUGUUAGAUGGAUUUUCUUACCUUUGGGCAGAUUCAGUGUUUUACUUGUUUCCUGUUUCCAGUGUUUAUGUUAAGCUAAGCUAUGCUAACCUGCUUUUUCCUGUAGUUUCAUAUCUUUUGUAUUGACAGAUUGUAAGAUGUGAAUCAUCUUAUGAAGCUAUGUAAGAAACUGAAUAAAUGUAUUUUCCUUUUAAAGAAUAAUAAUUA